AUGUCAUAUAUAUCUGUUGUACUAUUCUCUAUUACUAUAGCAAUAGCUGUCACUGUAUUCUUCUUGAAGCGACCCUCAACCACCAACAGACCAUUUAGAAUAGAACAACAACAACAACAACAACAAAAUAAUAAUAAUAAUAAUAAUAAUAAUAUAAAAGUAAAGAAGUUAUCUAAUCUAAUACUAUUGAAUAUCAUUGAAAAGAUAGAUGAUAAUGUAGAUUUGAUAUGCUUUUUGUUGACUUGUAAGAGGUUGUAUUACUCGAUCAGACAACACAAGAAUAUUCGGUUCAAAGAUAUUGGUUAUAUUAAUGCAAAAGAUUGUUUGAAUGAAUAUCUACUUGAUCGGUUAUCAUCAUCGUCAUGUUUACCAUCAUUCAAACAUAUAUUUGCAAAUGCAUUGUCAAAUCAAAUGAUGAUUGUCACUAGUGAUAAUACAUACAACACUAAACAUGUUCAAGCAAAUGGAUUAGUAAACUUUUAUGUUUUGGAAACAAAUAAUAAUAAUCAUCGAUUCAAUAUCGACCAAAAAGAAGAAGAAAAAGAAGAAACCAACCAAUCCUCUUCCUCCUCUUCGUCAUUGUCGUCUAUUGAAAAGAUUGUUCUUCUUCUAAAUGACAAUAAUGAUAUUAGUGACACUCACAUAACAAAGUUACCAUCUACUCCAAGAGUAUUGUUGAUUCGUAAUCCAUCAAAACCAGUCAAUCAUCCAUUCGGGUACAUACCACCAUCGGUCAAAGAUCUAGUACUUUCUUGUAGAGCUAUCAACUGUGAAAAGAUAUUCUUGGGUAACCAUAUAGAGACGUUGAGGUUGUUGAUAGCGCGGAUCGAAUCCAACAACACUAUACAACUACCACUGGGUCUAAAAACAUUUGUACUUUUACCAUUUGGUCCCUACCAACAGCAGUGGACAUUCAAUUUCCUCGCACUCUUGUCGCUUACUACUCUCAAGUUGGAGGUCUAUCUCCAAAUCCGUUAUUAUGAAAUCAGAAUUCUUUGCUUGGAUCUCGAACCACUAGUAUCUCUUGAAACACUCAUUAUGGAUGCAAAGAGUCACAUUGUCCUUUCACAGUCAAUAUCAACACUCAAACAUUUACAGUUGCUUCGGUACUCUACUAUUAAUUUCAUACCAAAUACUCUAUCACAUCUCGUUGUUUCAACGGAUACAUAUAUGAAAUUCAUUAAACAAUCACAACAAAUCCCAACACUGACAAACGGACCGUCCAUUGUUGUUCUACCAUUUUUGAAACAUCUUGAAAUCCAAGGUAUGGUUUCACAUCUCGACCACUCUGACCAAAGUUAUAUCCCACACGGUGUAACCAGUCUUGACAUGACUAUGAGUCACAAGUACCGAUACACUGGUUUAAUACCACCAUCUGUAGUCAAGUUGGCUCUUAAAUUCAAUCAACGACCAUCAGAAGCGGUAGUACAAUCUUUCAAACUCCCAGAUACCAUCAAACAAUUGACUUGGAAAGGAUAUCACUUGCAUUUAGACCGUUAUACAGGCGUCCCAUUUAUAUUUCCUAGUCUAUUAGAGAAACUAAAAUAUUUUCCAAAUACUUCUGAUCAUAUCAAUACAAAACUACUUCCACAAUCAACUACAUCAUUAUCAAUUCUAGCUCCCAAUUUCUUUAAUAAUAAUAAUAAUAGUAAUAGUAGUAGUGGUGUGGAAACUCCAAGUAUUUCUUUAUUAGAUUGUAUACAUGUGGAUGAUGCUAACAAAAAUAGAACGCCGGCAAACAAUACUACGAUAUCGAUACUUGGUCCGAAUAUCAAACAAUUAAAGUGGAAGUUUUCAUUUGCUUCUCCAAGUGACAAAUUCAGUAUUAGAUUAGACCAAGUGAUCAAUCAAACCAAUGUUCAAGAGUUGACAGUUUUGGUUUUUAAUAAAGUAUCUGCUCUAUUGGAUAUUAGAAGAUUGGACAACUCUAAUGUAUUGAUAAUUGAUAAACCAUCCCUUAUUGGAGGUUUUAUAACCCAAAGAAAAAGACCAACAAUAACAACAACAACAACAACCCUCCAAAAGAAUAUUCAUCAAUCUGAUUAUUCUUCUUCUUCUUAUGAACCACUCUAUCUUCAUUUUAAAAGAAAUCAACCUCCAUUCUUGAUAUUGAAGAGAAGAGAGAUGUAUAGAUUAGGAACAAAUCAACUUCAACAAAGGUUGUUGUUGAGCACAUCUACAUCUAUAUUGUCUACAACCACGACUGGUGGUAGUAGUAGUAGUUGUAGUAAUGGAAGAUCAUAUUCAUCAUUUGUAAAGAAGUUGUUUGAAAGAAUGAAAAGAGAGGAUAGUCAAAUCAAAGAGAAACAAGAUCAAGAAAAGUUUCAACAAGAGAGACAAGAGUUACUCAAGAUAAGAGAAUUACAACACCAACAAUUAAAGUCAUUAAAGGGUGGUUUGAAUGUAGAUAAAGCAAAAUUGGGAUUUAAAUGGAGUAAACCACCACUUGGAAUGGAUAGAUCAGCAACAUUGGGAUUACCAUCAUUUAUCAGUUCAUCACCCAUCUCUCAAUCACCAGAACAAUUGGAACAACAAAUGCAAGAUCAACAAAACUUUAAACCAACUGCUGUCUAUUCAAUUGGAACCAAUACACAAGGUCAAUUGGGAUUGGGUGAUUGCGUAUCAGAAGAACAAUUUAUAUUUAUGGAAACAUUAACAAAGGAAUCUAUCAAAUCACUUCGUUCCUCUAUUUCACAUUCUGCCAUCUUGACAAAUACAAGUGAUUUGUUAACAUGGGGAUCAAAUGCACAAUUCCAAAUUGGACACAAGGAUGGUACAUUGACAUCGAUAUUACCAAGUGUGGUUGAGAAUAUUCCACAUUCAGUUAGAAAGCCAUCGUUCCCACGAAACAAGGUGAUCGAUGUUGGGUUGGGUGGAUGGCACAACUUUGCUGUGACACGUGAGAUGGAUGGAUCGACACAGCUCUACGACCUCGAUAUUGCCACAAUCACCAGCGGUCCAUUCCACUCGGUCGCAUUAGAUCGACGCGGACGUGUCUAUCAAUGGGGGUGCGGUGCCAUUGCAUCGAGCAAAAAGGAUCAUAUCCACUACACACCACAAUCACUCUCUGACAACGCCUUGGCGUCACUACCCAACUUUGCCGCGCUCAAGAGUCGUGUCGUCGAGAUUACUGGGUUCCUUGAGUCAUCCCAGAUUGUACAAAUCGCUGCUGGUGACAACCUCUCGCUUGCAGUCACCAACCAAGGAGAGUUGUACGCUUGGAAUACCGUCGACACGCAUGCCAAGCGCAUUGAAAUGAAAGAAUUUGCCGAUAAACGUGUCGUCAAGGUUGCUACCAGUUUCACGCACACUGGUGUCAUCCUCGAAGGCAUUGACAACCCAUCCACACGUUCCGUCCUUCUCUGGCCGAGUCGUUCAUUCCAACUUGAUCGUGAACUCCAAGGUUCAUUCUUCUCCACCAUCACCGAUCAACCAAAACUCUAUACAUUCCCAUCUGACCACCAUAUCACCGAUCUCUCAUUAGGUGUUCAUUUUGCUUUAGUUUUAGCUUCUGAAAAUAAACAACAACAAUCAUAA